AUGGGUCUAUUAUCUGAAGGUAAUCCAUUAUCAUGGACUGAAAUAAAACUUGCUCUUCAACAUAUUCGAUCUUAUGCUCUUGAUGAGCUUAUACGUACUUUUAAUAAAUCUAAAGAUCGACAAAAAGAUGCAUUUACAUGGGGAGAUGAAGUCGAAUUAACAUUAGUCAGAUUUGAUCAUGAUAAUAAAUAUGUUCAAUUAUUAUUAAAAGGUCAUCAAUUAUUACCAAUUGUAUGUGAAUUAAAUGAUAAAAUAAAUGAUGAAGCAUGCCGUAUAGCUUGGCAUCCUGAAGCAUGUGAUUUUGUUGUUGAAGGUGUUCCAUCACAACCUUAUGGAUUUUUACCAUCUCAUUUUAAUAUAGUUGAAGCUAAUAUGAAAUUAAGAAGAGAACAAAUACAACAAAUUUUAUGUCAACAAUCUGAUUGUGAAUAUAUUUUAAAUAUUGCUGCUUUUCCAAGAUAUGGCCAAAGGCAAUGUACAUAUCCACCACUUGAAUAUGGUCCUUCUCAUUCUGUUGAAAAAUCUUUAUGUUAUCCUGAUGCACUUAUAUCACCUAUUCAUCCACGAACAAAGUCUUUAUCAAAAAAUACUAAUGAACGUCGUCAAUCUAAAGCAUCAAUUAAUAUUCCAAUAUUCAAAGAUUGUAAAACAUUAUCUCCAUUUCGUGAUGAAUUAUUUAAAGAUGAUCCUGAUAUAAAAGAUGAUAAUAUUCAUUUGGAUAGUACAACAGCUGGUUGGGGUUGUUGUUGUCUUCAAGUUACAUUUCAAUGUGAAUCAUUUGAAGAAAGUAUUUAUCUUUAUGAUCAAUUAUUACCAUUAUGUCCAAUAAUGUUGUGUUUAAGUGGUGCAUGUCCAAUAUGGCGUGGUUAUUUAUCUGAUAUAGAUUGUCGAUGGAAUGUAUUAAGUGAAGCUGCUGAUGAUCGAACAAUUGAAGAAAGAAAACAAAUAAAUUUUUUAUCACGUUUUAGUUCAACUCCAUCUUAUUUAGCUGAUAAAAAUAAACAUUUAAAUGAUUUUGAUUAUCCAGUUAAUCAAUCUGUUGUUUCAAAACUUAUUGAUCAAGGAAUGCCUGAAACAUUAUCUCGUCAUUUUGGCCAUUUAUUUAUUCGUGAUCCACUUGUUGUUCUAAAAGAAUUUCUUCAUCCAAUUGAUGAUACAACUUCUUAUCAUUUUGAGAAUCUAAAUUCUCUUGUAUGGAAUGGUUUACGAUUAAAACCACCACCAUUAGAUGAUAAUUUAAUGGGAUGGCGAAUAGAAUUUCGACCAAUGGAUAUUCAAAUAAGUGAUUUUGAAAAUGCAGCACUUGUUGUUUUCUUAGCAUUAUUAACAAGAGUUAUAAUAACAUAUGGUCUUGAUUUAACAAUACCAAUAUCUCAAGUUAAUAAAAAUAUGAAUAUAGCACAUUAUCGAGAUUCAGCACGUAAAGAAAAAUUUUAUUUUCGACAUGGUAAUCAAAUAUCUGAAAUGUUUAUGAAUGAAAUAAUAAAUGGUACACAAGAUUUUCUUGGUCUUGUUCCACUUACUAGAAAAUAUAUUCUUCAACGAGAAGAUAUUGAUGCUGAUACAAGACAUACUAUUGAACAAUAUCUUUCACUUAUAUCAAAGCGAGCUGCAGGAACUUUAUUGACAAAUGCAUCAUGGAUACGACAAUUUGUACUUUCACAUCCAUCAUAUAAACAAGAUUCAAUUGUAUCUCAAGAAAUUCAAUAUGAUCUUGUUUGGAAAAUGCAACAAAUAGCAAAUGGACAUGAAGAUUGUCCACAAAUUAAAUAUCCAAAUAUGGAUACACAUACUGAAUUACAUCCAAAAUAA